AUGAAAAAGAAGGUGGUGAACAUACCUCAUCCACAAAGGAAGAGGGUGAAGACAGCCGUUGCUUCAAAGGGUCAAAUUCUCAUACCACAAGGGACAGUCCCGAAACCUCAAGAUCAAUCGAGGCCCUAUGUGGGUCCAUUGACUCGUUCUAAAUCUCGAGACAUGAUGGGGAUGAUUGUUCCUGAGUCAUCCAGUCUAAACUCAGCUCGCUUGGAUGAUUAUUUACAAUGGAAUCCUCUCUAUGAUGAUCCCGUAUCUCAGACUCAAGAGAAUGAUUGUAUAGCAUCCCAAGGGACCAAACUUCAUGAGGGAUUGGAAAGCAUGCAAGUCAUGAUGACUGGUUCUUCCAAUACUGAGGACCAGUUACCUUAA